AUGGCGCGCCAGAAACAAGCAAAGCCAGCCAAGGCCGACGACAAUGAUGCCGCUGCAAACGCAUCCCUAGGCUUCACCCCGGAGCGGUUCGAGCGGGAGCUCAAGGACCUGGCGGCCAAGGCCAAGAGCGACACGCCGGGCCAGCGGCUGCUGGGCCAGGCGACGCUCUACGUCAAGGCGGCGGCGCUGCUGACGCUGCUGGGCGUCUACUCCAACGCCUCGCGGCUGGCGCUGUCGCCAGUCUACGGGGCCGUGCCGGCGUCGGCGGCAGGCUGGCAUUCCAAGGCGCUCAUGGCCGGCUGCUUCGUCGGCUGGGCGGGCAACCUGGCGCUGAGGCAGCUGCUCACGGCGAGGCUGCUGCUGCCGCUGGUGGCGCUGUACGUGCCCGCGGUGCAGUGCCUCCUGUACGGCUUCAGCCAGGCGCUGGGGCCGAGCUGGGGGCCGCUCGUGACGGAGGGGGCGACGUUGGUUCCACUGGCGAUCCUGACGGCUGCUUCCGUGGCGGAUGAGCUGGAGGGUGCGGACCUGAGUUCGUUGCCAAGGAGCCUGGCGGACGCUGCUCCUGGAAUUGGAUCGUGGGGGGUGCUCAAGCUGGUUGAGCACGUUGCGGAGAAGAUGCUGCAGAGGCACGUCGGGACGGUGUUUUGGUACACGCGGAUGGGCCUGGAGGUCCUGCUGGCCGGGUGCUACGCGGUGCUUGCGCCCUCGAGGUGGCUCGCCCUCGCGAUCCCGGCGCUGGUGCACACGGCCAUGUUCAACCCUCACGUGGCCACGCCGGCGGCGACGGCGCUGCUCAACACCACCUUGCAGGCGGACCACUGGCUGCUGCUGGACCGGCGGGAGUCGGUGACGGGGUACGUCUCGGUCGUCGAGAACACGCAGAGCAGGAUGCGCGUCAUGCGGGCCGACCACAGCUUGCUGGGGGGAGACUGGGUGGACUGGCGGGGGAACCAGGUGACGGAGCCCAUCUACGCCGUCUUUGUGAACCUCGAGGCGAUCCGCUUGGUGGAGAGGGAGAAGCCGGUGGCGGAUUCGCGGGCCAAGGCGUUGGUCAUUGGCCUUGGUAUUGGCACGACGCCGUCGGCACUGGUGUCUCACGGCAUCGAGACGACGGUUGUGGAGAUUGAUCCGGCCGUGUACGAGUUUGCCCAAAAGUACUUUCAGCUCAGGGAGAACCACCCUCCUGUCAUUGACGACGCCGUCAAGUACACGAACAAGGCCGCCAAUGAGACCAAGGAAGUCUACGACUACAUUGUUCACGACGUCUUUACGGGCGGCGUAGAGCCCGUGGCCCUGUUUACCUAUGAGUUUCUGAAUAAUCUCUAUACUCUGCUGAAGCCAGAUGGUGUCAUUGCCAUUAACUACGCUGGCGAUUUGAUGCUGCCCACUUCAAAGACCAUUGUCCGAACCAUUCUGAAAACCUUUCCGACCUGCCGCCUCUUUAGGGAGAACCCUCCGGACAAGAGAGUCGUUGCCGAGACGGGCGCGGAUUUCACAAACGUCGUCAUCUUCUGCCGCAAGGCGGCCAAAGGGCAACAACAACAACAACAGCAGCAACAACUUACGUUUCGCGACCCGGUGCCGGGGGAUUACCUCAACAGCCCUUCUCGCCAGAGCUUCCUGACUCCUCAGCAUGAGAUUCUACCUCGGGAGCUGUUUGCCUUGGGCAAGGACGAAGAGGGCAGCGUCUUGUAUAGGAAUGGGACGGAUAAGAUUGGUAAGGGGCAGUUGGCGAAUGCGAUUGGGCAUUGGAAGGUGAUGCGGACUGCGCUUCCGGCUCGGUUCUGGGAGAAUUGGUAG